UCCCAAGUGUGCCAAUGUAGUAUGCAGUAAAAUAAACAAUGAGGCAUAGCAAACACUUACGGAAUGGCUUCAAAUUACAUUCCCCAAACAUAGAUGUGGACAAAGGAGAUGCAUGAAAGAGACAAGUAGUUGUCUUCAUCUCCGUAACAAGAAAUAGUGAUGGCAAAAUUUACACCCAAACAGCAGAGGUGCAUUUAAUCGAUGGGAUACGUGAAAUGGGCUUUUUUUGUACCUAAAUCAACUGUAGAUGAUAAAGACUGAACCAGAGGAUAGCACACUGUUUUGGAGAAAGCACAUGCUGGAGCAUCGCUUAUAAAAGGAGCACACCUUAGAGGUUUACCUCUGAAGGUUCUCUCAGCAGCUGGGUGAGAUCAUCGACAAAUGCUUUAAGGUAGUCAUACAUCAUACACAUUGUUGGUACCCCCGUGUUAAAACAAAAACUUGAAACUGACAAAAGUAACUAUACAUCAAUAUUUCUUAGUAAUGAGACUUUUUAUGGAAUUUUGGAACAGAAUAAUUAAGCAAUAUCACACAAGAGGGAGUGCUGUUGUACUGAAUAUCAGCACGGCUGUGAUUCUCUUCCCAGCCGUAGUACAACAGCACUCACUCCUGAGUGAUAUUGCUUUUAUCCAACAGUUCUACAAGCACCAAUCAUUAGUUAACAAUAAUAAUUAACAACAUAUUAUGUUCAGAUUUCUUUGGUUCAUUAAUGAUUUAUUUGGCUCCGCCAACACAAAUAGAUCCGCAACUGGACUGAACUGUUGCCAAGCAACACAAACACAUUAGCAUUACAUUAGGUUCCCUUGUUCCUCUUCUGGCGACCAUUCUUAAUUCAACUUAAUUCAGCUGCAAUCUAAGCUACAAAAAGAUUGUUGAUAACAUUAACGGUUAUGAGAACACCCGUAAAGCGGAGCGAUACGUGGAUAGUUAAAAGACCCAGUGCUGUUAUACUCUAUAUCAGCACUGGAAUGCCUCUUGUCCAAUCAAAUUACUUGGUCGGAAGGAAUUGACUUGGAUAAUUUGUAAUAAUCUUCAUCUUCUGCCUCAACUUCUUGUAGUAGAGCUUCUUGGCCUCUUGUGGCACAAAGAACUGCAGCAUUUCUUGGAGAGUGCAUUCAGAUUCCAUAUAUAAAUAGUUAAAAAAAAAUAAUAAUCAGGUAUACAGGACCAUGCGGAGGGCCGAUCCAAUGUGUUGGCUGAGCUACAGCCUUGACAACCUGAUAGUGCUUAAUUUCAUAAUGCAUUUGAUGGUGUUGCCUUUGAUUCACGAAUUCUCCAUUCAGCCCACUGCACGCAUUCUCCUUCAUCUUCUGCAAGACACAAAUGCAAACAUAAGAAAUGAAUGAGAGAAAUCAUAACACUUAAGAUUUAUCUGCCAGUUUACGUCUAUCCGCCUGUCCAAACAACAGUGGCGGUUGUCAUAUUAAAUCUAGGCACUAAGGCCACAUACAGCUGAUGCUCAUGAAGUAAGGCAGAUAAGAAACUGAUAACUACUGAUUUCUCCUUUCCUGGCACAGUCCUUAACAUAUGUAAUGAGGCUAAAAACGUAUAACAUUACAUAACUGACGACCAGUCUAAUGACCGUGAAAUUUGCAGGCAGUAUCGUAUGAUGUAUGCACAAGCUAAUAUGCUUAUCAGAAAAUUUGGUAUGCGUUCAUCUUCUGUGAAAAUAACACUUGCUGCUUCUUGCUACAAAAGAAGCGGCAUUCAAUUAUGGUAUGAGGCUACAACUCAAAGUGCCUAGAUGGAGUAGCGCAAGCCUUCCGUUUGUGAAUGUUGAUGUGCCAACUUGUCCUGCUGUUCUCAGAAACCUUAUGUAUAGAUGUAUGUGUAGACUACUGUGUCUUGCAACAAGUAAGGGAUAAUGGACCACGUUAGACUAUCAAAAGUUAAUACACGUCGGCCCCAAAGCGGAGGGCCGAUCCAAUGUGUUGCGGGCGCCCUCUGGAGGCGCCCUUAAUUAAUUAAAAUAUACGAAACAAGCUAAAUUAAACCAAACAUGUUCCCAAAUGGAACGGAGAAGGGAGGGGGCGGGGGAUUAAAGUUAGGGCGCACUGAAACCCUCACCGUAGUACGCAGGACAAUGCGACAAAGCCAUCUAUCCCAUUCUAUAGAAAAUAUUGAGAUAUAUAUCGUAUAUCGCCAGUCAGCCAAAAAAUAUCGGGAUAUGAUAUUUAGCCCAUAUCGUGCAGCCCUAAUCUGAAUACAGACGUCGCAAAACCUCUACAUCCAGCUCUCCAACAAGAAGUUGACAACGAAGACCUUACGGAUGGCACAGGCAGGCGAUUUGUUCACUGAUGCAUUUCCAAUGCAAAAACCCCGACAACCAAUUGGAAUACAGACGCUGCAAACCCUCUCCAUCCAGCUCUCCGAGAAGCAGUUGACAACAACGGAGACCCUACAGAUAACACAAGCCCGUGAUUGUUUCACUUGCUCCAAAUUAAACGACCAUUCAAAGCUCACGGCAGAAAAGGUAUCAAACUUGCAUUUCAAAAUUGUAUCCGAUACACACAGAGAUGGCCUCUUAUUGGAGUAAAAGGAGGCGAGUCUUGUCCAACGCAAGGGAGACAGAGAACGAGAUUUUGCAGCAAUUACAUUUAAGUACAGUUAAUCAGGCUGAAAAUGCCCCCCCUAGCUUACCAGAUCUAGCACUGUGUGGGGCAACAGUGGCAAACAGUCCUGACCAAAACACUACAGACAGUGAUGCCAGUGAAAGAGAGGAUUUUAGUGGGUUAUCCAGCUCUGAUGAAAGUGAGCCUGAGGAAAUGAGUUUACAAGUUAAACUAAAGCAAUGGGCAUCAACUUUUGGCAUUACUCUUGUUGCAGUUACCGCUCUUCUAUCAAUAUUGAGAGUACACCACUCUGAGCUGCCUAAAGAUGCCAGGACACUUCUUGGCACACAAAAGAAAAUAGCUGUGCAUGCAUUAGGUGGUGGUGAAUAUCACCAUUUUGGAUUGGCUAAGGGAAUUUUAUCAAAAUUGAAUUCAAUCCAUUUGCCUAGCUGCCUUCAGACAAUUCGGUUACAAUUCAACAUCGACGGUUUACCCAUUUUUAAGAGUUCAAAAGUUCAGUUUUGGCCAAUUCUUGCGAUGCUCGAUUGUGAUUACACAAAAAAACCUUUUAUUAUUGGUUUGUUUUGUGGAAGUGGAAAACCAUCUAGUGUGUAUGACUACCUCAAAGAAUUUGUCAAUGACCUUACCCAGCUACUGAGGAAUGGAUUGACCUUCAGAGGUAAACCUCUAAAGGUGAUGGUGUGCUCCUUCAUUUGUGAUGCUCCAGCACGUGCUUUUGUGAAACAGAUGAAGUCCCACAAUGGGUACUCUGGGUGUGACAAGUGCAAUCAAGUUGGCGUGUGGCAAAAUAAAAUGACAUAUCCUGAAAUAAAUGCCAGGCUUAGAACAGACGAAGACUUUGCUUUAAUGUCAGACACAGAUCACCACCUGCGACCUAGUCCCCUUACUGGCAUUGUUCAGAUGGUAACCCAGUUUCCCAUUGAUUACAUGCACCUCUGCUGUUUGGGUGUAACAAAAAAACUCAUUCUUUUCUGGAUGAAGGGCAAAAACCUGGCCAUAAGACAGCCAUCUAAUGUCAUCUCAGCUAUAUCAUCUAAACUGAUUGCUCUCCGUCCCCAUAUUCCAUCUGAAUUUGCCCGAAAACCACGAGAGCUGACAGAGAUCGAAAGAUGGAAGGCUACAGAACUAAGGCAGUUCAUGAUUUACAGUGGACCUGUGGUCCUAAAGCACAAUCUACCAGAAGAGAUUUUUGAGAACUUCCUGUUGUUUUCCGUGGGUGUGUUCUUAUUACUCAGCCCCAACCUCUCUGCACCCAUGAUUGAUUUUGCCAAUCGAGUCCUAACAGCAUUUGUUAAAAGCUUUGGAGAUUUAUAUGGUCAAGGAGAAAUUGUAUUUACAGUUCAUCAGGUGAUACAUCUAGCUGAUGUGUACAAACAGUUUGGUGCCCUUGACCGUGUCUCUGCAUUUCCUUAUGAAAACUUCCUUGGAAAAGUAAAAAAAAUGUUGCGAAAGCCUCAACUACCAUUACAACAAGUAGUCAAGAGACUGUCAGAGGUGCCUCAAACUGUAACUCCACCUCCAAGUAAGCAGCCCCUUUUGUACGAAAUGCACCAGGAUGGUCCUUUGCCUCUGCAAUUCAGUACUGCCAAACAGUACAGAAAGGUAGUAACAACAGAUUUCUGCCUGUCAACAAAGACUGGGAACAACUGCAUAGCAGUAGGACAGGAUAUUGGACUGGUCCAAAACAUUGUGCUAUCCUCUGGUUCAGUCUUCAUCAUCUACAGACGAUUUGGGUACAAGGAAUCCCAUUUCACAUAUCCCUGCCCCUCCUCUCGAAUAGGCUGUUUUCAGGUCCAUACGUUGGUAGAUGAUCUUGAGGUUGAGCUCCUUGGGGAUGUCAGCAGAAAAUGUGUGCUUUUUCCAGACCAAGACCAUUAUGUUGCCAUCCCUCUUCUUCACCAAUCCUAAUUCCUUGUCUUCUGCAAUCCAAAAAAGAAAAAAAAAAAGAUUUUUUUGUUAUUGAACUUUGUCUUUAUAUAAAAUACACCAGUCCUAAAAUCGAAUUAAUGAAUGAAAAAAAAAAAAAAAAAAAACGACAAAUAGCCAAAAAAUAUAUAUCUGAGUGGUGACAAACUGCUGUAAAUCAGCUGUGAAUGAUCUGAGUAGUUAGAGUGCUUCAGCUGAGUAGCAUUGUAUACUCUUCCUGCGAAGUGCUUUUUUUUUCUUUCUAUUUUUUUGGUUUUUGAGAAGGUAAUUCUGGGGAGGGGGCAUUUGCCUCGAGCCCGGCAAGCCUUUGAAGAUAGUUAGGUUGUAGAUAGUUAGGCUUAGAUAGUAGUUAGAGACGACAGGUUUCAGAGUACGUCUUCACCCAAGUUAAGCUGGUGUAUGCAGUUCUCUCACCACUUAUGAUAGUGAUUCAAUUUUCAAUUCAAUUUUAUUUGUAUAGCCCUUAAUCACCAUUACAGUCUCAAAGGGCUUAACAGGCCAAAUAUUUCUGAGACUGUGAUCAACUGUGAUCACUGUUGAUCUUGCAACAUACACACUAUGUUAUAUAUAACAACAAUGACUGAUAUAUAGGCCAAAUAUAUUUCUAAGGCUUAUUUUUCACACUCAAAACACAGCGAUUUUUUUUCACCUCAUUGACAGAUGGCACAGGUGUGGAAGGUCGUCGAAUUCAAAGAUAGGAGCACUACCAUAGUGCCAAGCAGCUGGUUGGAGGAGGCAGGGGAGUCAUGGAAUUGUUUCUGGCCUCCUAGUUCUUACGAUCAUAACCGCCUCCAGAAGGCAGUCGCGCACCACCUUCCUCCAGGUGCAGCGUGGGACGUGCACGGUGACGUGAGGGUCUUGGUUAGCUG